CGUCCUGAUGAUGUCAUCAUCCCGCGACAGGACAGCCUGCUGCUCUGGAGUCUGGAGUUGGCAGUUGUAGCGGAGGCAGGCGGACAGAGAUGGCUGCUCCCACGGAGCAGUGCUGCGGCGGUGGUAGAGGCUCCACCGGGUGUUCACGGACGGUGAGGCCGUCGUUGCGGCUCGCAGUGCUCCUGCUCUCCGUGUGCUCCCUGCCGGCGGUCUCUGCGCUGGUGGAGGGCCUGUACUGCGGCACGGAAGUCUGCUAUGAUGUGCUCGGAGUCACCCGAGAGGCCACCAAGGCGGAGAUCGCCCGGAACUACCGGCAGCUGGCCCGCAGGUACCAUCCGGACCGGUUCAGGGUGGGAGAGCCGGGCAUGGAGGAGGAGACCCAGGAGUCCGCCCACAAGAAGUUCCUGCUCGUAGUGACCGCAUACGAGACUUUAAAGGAUGAAGAUACUCGGCGGGACUACGACUACAUGCUGGACCAUCCUGAGGAGUACUACCAGCACUACUACGCCUACUACCGCCGACAGCUCACUCCUAAAGUGGACGUCAGGGUCGUCAUCCUGGUCACCAUCUGUGCUAUCUCCAUUUUUCAGUAUUACAGCUGGCACAGCAGCUACAACGAGGCCAUCAACUACCUGGUGACCGUCCCCAAGUACAGGAUCCAGGCCACAGAGAUCGCCAAACAGCAAGGACUCCUCAACCGCCCCAAGGAGAAGGGCAAGAACCGCCGCUCCAAGGAGGAGAUCCGAGAGCAGGAGGAGGAGGUGAUCCGAGAAAUCAUCAAAACAAAGAUUGACAUUAAAGGAGGCUACCAGAAGCCCAACCUGUCGGACAUCCUGCUCUGUCAGAUCAUCCUCUUUCCGUACUACCUGACCAACUACGUGGCCUGGUACGUGUCCUGGAUUUACCGCUUCACCAUCUGCAGGGAGGAGUACGGAGAGGAGGAGAAGCUCUACAUCAUCAGGAGGUACAUGAGGAUGUCUCAGUCUCAGUUUGACAGUCUGGACGAGCACAACAAGCAGACCUUCCUGGAGAAAAAACUCUGGAUCAAAGAAAACUAUGAGUUGUACAAGAAAGAGCAGGAGGAGGAGAUGAAGGUGAAGAUGGCGACCGACCCGAGGAUGAAGAGGUACAGACGUUGGAUGAGGAACGAGGGGCCGGGGCGGCUGACGUUCAUUGACGACUGACGGCCACGAGCAUCGUCUGUGACAAACACGCCUGCCUCAGUGCCGACACACACGGACACACAUUGACACGCCGUGCUGCGUGGAGAAACGCCUGUACAGACAGAUAACUGCGCCUGUUUAUACAGCGAGAGAUAUUUUCAUAGCAAUCAGGACUCAUAAAGACGAUGUGGAAGAGGAAUAAACUGUGAGCAUGGGCUGCAGACUUUCAGUCAUUUUUACAUCAUGUGGUUUUUCUUUUCAAACCGUCACGUCACGUUUUAUUUUAAUAAAGUUUAAAGUAUUUUUUCUGUGAUCCUUACCAGCUGAUUUUUCUUUCACCUGCUGGUAAAGUAGGAUUGACGAAUGAAGUGUUUGUGCACGGCGCCAUGCAACCAGAAGGCUACCAGUUUGUUCGGCAGCAGCCGACUACUGUCAAAGUGUCCUUGGGCAAGGAAUCAGACCGCCGGCUGCUCUCUCUGUAUGCUGCUUCAGAUUGUGCUUGUGUUUUAUGAUGAAUAAACCAGGGACAGAGACCA